AUGCACAUAUUAUGGGAAAGGAGGGUUGGAGGAUUCUGGGCAAGAAGUGUUGUUAAGCAAUCGGUUUAUGUGACGCUGGGUGUAGUUACGCUUUCUAGGUUUUUGCUGGGAAGUUGCUGGAGAGUGAUGUUGAAACAGAGGAAACUAGAUGAAGCGUUAAGAGCAGGUGCUACGGCGAGACAUGUUAAUGUUGAUAAGUUAAUGGCUUCAACGAUACAUACGUUGAUCAAUUAUAACAUCGAAUUCACUCCGGCCAGCACUUCACAGAAUACAACACAGGAUAGCAGUUUGAAAUAUAUUGUCCUCAAACCAGAAAAUGAGCCAACAAAAAAGCAACAUGUAAUUAAUAAUGUUCAGGCGAAAAAAAAAGUUGCGAAAUUUGGCAAUGAAGUGGAACAGAAGACGGAAAAUAGAGAAUUCGCUAGGAGGAAAAGGUCAUGCGCUAUCGAAAAACAUCAGCGGGAAAAACGACAGCAAAUGAAUAAAAGCUGA